AUGGUUACCACACAAUACUUUACGAAGCCGCCGUGCUCAUCCGCCUUACGCACCUACUCAAAGCGUCUCGAAAGACGUCGAGAAGAAGAAGAUCUCGCUCGCGCCGUGGCUCACGGGGACUCGGGCGCUCCUGGUCCCGUCGAUCGCGUCGCUCAAGGUCGCGCCGCUCAAGAUCUCGCCGCUCACGCCGGGGGAAAAGCCGAUCUCGCAGGUUACGUCGAGGUACGAAGUCCAGGAGAGGAGGACGAAGGUCUAGGAGAGGGCGCCGUGCAAGAGCAGGUAAUGACAAUGAAGAAAACCAAUAAAAACUUGCACGAUGGUCAUUGUUGUAUGUUGUACAUUGUUACAUUGGUCACUGGAAAUGUGAUGACUAUACACCAGUACACUAUCGUACUGGAUGGUGGACUAUAUCACCAGUACGAUGAUGUGUGGAUGUUCGAUGCUGAGAAAGUUCUUUACUCACAAAGCAGAAAAAAAGUCAAGGUGUAUAUCCGGCACUCUCGAGAGAAAAAUAAAGAAAAAAGACUACACAUUGAGGACCACGAAAUUCGAUCCGUUGGUCCUCCCACACAACUUAUUAUUGGUAUUUUGAAUGUUGCCGCUGAUAUUGAGUUCAUCCCGUCGGAUUUCGGCUCAUGCGUUUUGGUGAGGCUAUAG